GCAGUGGCGGCUCUUGCUCCAAGCUGGCUUCAGAUUAUAAAACUACAAGCGGAGCCGCCGGAGCGCGACAGCACUGCAGCGCACCAAAGCGGCAACGCCACAGGCCACAUACUACGAAUCUCAAGUUGGCACUUGGCUUGGCAGAUGUGAAUUUCGAGAGCUUUUCGCUUGUGAGUUGCCAUGGUUGAUAUGAGGCGCGCGCGCUCCCUUCUCCGGGGAAUCCUCCUCGCUGGCUUCGUCGCGGCCGUUCUCGGCGCCGGCGACGACAGUGAACACCAGUUCGUCUACACGGGCUUCACCGGCGCGCCGCUCUCCCUGGACGGCACGGCCGUCAUCACGCCGACCGGGCUGCUCGAGCUCACCAACGGCACGGCCCAGCUCAAGGGCCACGCCGUCCACCCGGCGCCGCUGCAGUUCCAGAGGACGCCGGGCGGUCCCGUGCGCUCGUUCUCGGCGUCGUUCGUGUUCGGCAUCAUCCCUCCCUACCCUGACCUGAGCGGCCACGGCAUCGUCUUCUUCGUCGGGAAGGACAACUUCUCGUCCGCGCUGCCGAGCCAGUACCUGGGCCUCCUCAACCCCCAGAACAACGGCAACGCCACCAAUAACAUCUUCGGCGUCGAGCUCGACACCAUCCAGAGCACCGAGUUCAAGGACCCCAACGACAAUCACGUCGGCAUCGACAUCAACAGCCUCAAGUCCGUCAGUGUUCAAACCGCCAGCUACUACGAUGAUAAGACCGGUGCGUUCCAGAACCUGAGCCUGAUUAGCGGCAAGCCCAUGCAAGUUUGGGUGGAUUACGAUGGCGAGACCAUGCAGAUCAACGUGUUCUUGGCUCCCCUGAAGAUGGCCAAGCCUUCGAAGCCUUUGGUGUCGGCCACGCACAACCUCUCGGAGGUGCUCGUGGAGCCGGCGUACGUUGGCUUCUCGUCCUCGACGGGCACCGUCAGGUCGCUCCACUACGUGCUCGGCUGGAGCUUUGCCAUGGACGGCCCUGCCCCGGACAUCAACAUUGGCAGCCUGCCGAAGCUGCCAAGGUUUGGCCCGAAGGCACGGUCCAAGGUCUUAGAUGUUGUGUUGCCAAUAGCCACCGCGGCGUUCGUCCUCGGCGUGGUCGUGGUUGUGAUUUCGCUCGUCCGGAGGAGGUUGAAGUACGCCGAGCUGCGAGAAGAUUGGGAGGUUGAAUUCGGGCCACACAGAUUCUCGUACAAGGACUUGUUUCAGGCAACAGAGGGAUUCAAGAGCAAGAUGUUGCUUGGUAUUGGAGGAUUUGGAAGAGUGUACAAGGGAGUGCUUCCAAAAUCAAAAUUGGAGGUUGCAGUCAAGAGGGUGUCGCACGAAUCAAGGCAGGGUAUAAAAGAGUUCGUCGCGGAGGUUGUCAGUAUCGGCCGUCUCAGACACCGCAACCUUGUGCAGUUGCUCGGUUAUUGCAGACGGAAAGGUGAACUUCUUUUGGUUUAUGACUAUAUGCCAAAUGGUAGCCUUGACAAAUACUUACACGGUCAUGAGGAUAAGGCCACUUUGGAUUGGGCACAGAGGUUCCGAAUCAUCAAAGGUGUCGCAUCAGGGUUGCUAUACAUCCAUGAAGACUGGGAGCAAGUUGUCAUCCACCGAGACAUAAAAGCGAGCAAUGUCCUCCUCGAUAGUGAGAUGAACGGACGGCUAGGAGACUUUGGUCUCGCAAGAUUGUAUGAUCAUGGAGCUGACCCGCAGACAACUCACGUCGUCGGCACAAUGGGUUACCUUGCCCCAGAGCUGGCACGAACAGGAAAAGCUUCCCCUCUCACCGAUGUGUUUGCCUUUGGAGCAUUCAUCCUUGAAGUCACCUGCGGGCGGAGACCUGUGGAGCAGAGCAUGCAAGACAACCAGCUCAUGCUGGUCGAUUGGGUGCUUGAGCACUGGCAGAAAGAAUCACUCACUGAGGUGGUUGAUGCAAAGCUUCAGGGUAAAUUCGAUGCCGAUGAGGCGAUCCUGGCGUUGAAAUUAGGGCUGCUGUGUUCGCAUCCAUUGCCCAGUGUGAGGCCAAGCAUGCGGCAAGUGAUGCAAUAUCUUGAAGGGGACAUGCCCUUCCCAGAGCUGACACCGUCGCACCUAAGCUUCAGUAUGCUAGCUCUGAUGCAGAACGAAGGCGCCUACGGGAUCGCCUUCUUCGUCGCCCCGACCACGAACUUCUCGGCCACGUUGCCGAGCCAAUUUCUUGGUCUCUUCAACACCAGUAAUGUCGGGAACACCACCAACCAUAUCUUCGCCAUCGAGCUCGACACGCUGCUCGACGUGGAAUUUGCAGACAUCAACAGCAACCACGUCGGGAUCGACAUCGAUGGGCUGAAGUCUGUCAAGGCCGCCUCGGCUGGUUACUACGACGACGAUGGCAAUGGAGUGUUCCGUAACUUGAGCCUGAUAAGCGGCGAGGCCAUGCAGGUGUGGGUGGACUACGACGGCCGGAGCAUGGAGAUCAAUGUGACGUUGGCUCCCGUGCGCGUGCCAAAGCCCAAGAAGCCUCUGUUCUCGCAUGCCGUCGACCUCUCGACAGUGAUUACGGACACGUCGUACAUCGGCUUUGCCGCCUCCCUGGGAUCCAUGUCAUCGCGGCACUGUAUUCUUGGCUGGAGCUUUUCCUUGAACGGAUCAGCUCCGCCUCUCGAUUACUCCAAGUUGCCCAGGCUGCCCGUAGCUCACGGUGGAGGUCAGCACAAGGUCCUGGAGGCAGUGUUGCCAAUUGGAAUCGUGGUGUUCAUCCUGGCCAUGGUCACCAGUGUGUUUGUGUUCGGGUGGAGAAGGGUCAAGUACGCCGAGUUGCGUGAGGAAUGGGAAGACGAAUUCGGACCGCGCCGGUUCACGUACAAGGACUUGUUUCAUGCCACCGACGGGUUCACCGACAGGCAUCUGCUCGGCGUCGGCGGGUUUGGGAGGGUGUACAAGGGAGUGCUCCCCGGUUCCAAGCUCGAGGUAGCUGUAAAGAUGGUGUCGCAUGACUCGAGGCAAGGGAUCAAAGAGUUUGUCGCUGAGAUCACGAGCAUCGGGCGCCUCCAGCACCGGAACCUUGUGCGCUUGCUCGGCUACUGCCGGCGAAGAGGCGAGCUUCUUCUGGUCUACGAGUACAUGCCCAAUGGUAGCCUCGACAAAUUUCUGUAUGAUCAUCAGAGGAAGCCUACUCUGGACUGGGGUAAGCGCUUUCGGAUCCUCAAAGACGUUGCGCUGGGCCUCUUCUACCUCCACAACAACUGCGACCAAGUUAUCAUCCACCGAGACGUCAAGGCGAGCAACGUUCUCCUCGACGACAAGGUGGGUGGACACCUGGGCGAUUUCGGGCUCGCCAGGCUGCACGACCACGGCGCCAACCCGCGGACGACACGGGUGGUCGGCACCCUCGGGUACCUCGCACCCGAGCUGGCGCGCACCUCCAAGGCUACUCCGCUCACCGACGUGUUCGCGUUCGGCGUGUUCCUCCUGGAGGUCACGUGUGGCCGACGGCCCAUCGAGGAAGACGCACGCGGCGACCGCGCCCUGCUCGUGGACUGGGUGCUCGAGCGCUGGUCCAACGGGUCGCUCAUUGGCAGCGUGGACGCGAGACUCGACGGGGAGUACGAUGCCGGCGAGGUGAGCUUGGUGCUGAAGCUGGGGCUGUUGUGCACGCAGGUCUCGCCCGUCGCGAGGCCGAGCAUGGCGCAGGUCGUGCAGUACAUGGACGGCAUCCUGCGGCUCCCGGAACCGCCCGUGCUGACGCCGCCGGACUUCGGCACCAUGGCUUCGCUGCAGAGCGACGGGUUCGACUCGUAUGCCAUGUGGUAUCCGACGUCGUCGGCAGAGUCCAGGGGAAGCUACGGCACGGUGUCUGAUCUCUCCGGGGGAAGAUGACAUCUUGGACUGCGUCCGCAGCAAAAUUGAGAGCAUGUAGACAUGCCUCUGCUUCAGCCUGGAGAGCUUCAGUGAAAUACUGGAGGCGCCCUGCUCCCGACGCGACGGCCAAGCCAUGAUGAUUUCUAAUGACGAAGCCCCAACCACCUGAACGUUCCUGCUCAUAAAAUGCACCGUCAACAUUGAUCUUCAUAAAUCCAUCUGGUUUCUGCCAUUUCUUAGCUGAAGCAACUCUCUGAACUUCCGGUCUCUGAAAGAACUCAAUAAAGUCAGUAACAUGUCUCUGAAUUUGGUAG